AUGUUUGCCAGAUUUGCACCAAGAUUUGCACCAGGAUUUGCACCAAGAUUUGCUGGACUGCCUCGUGUCUCUUUGCUUCGUCAAACCCAACUCUUUAUGAGUACAGAGACCAGAGCUGCCAUUAAGGAAGCUAUAGGUUCAGCUCCUGUUGUUUUAUUUAUGAAGGGAACACCUGAAUUUCCUCAAUGUGGUUUUUCAAAAGCUACCAUUUCACUGCUAGGUCAACAAGGUGUUGAUCCUAUGAAAUUCGCUGCAUAUAACGUUUUAGAAGACCCUGAAUUACGUGAAGGAAUUAAGGAAUACAGUGAGUGGCCAACGAUACCUCAACUUUACGUUAAUAAGGAAUUUGUCGGUGGUUGUGAUAUCUUAACAACUAUGGCACAAUCUGGUGAUUUAUGCAAUUUAUUAGAACAAGCUAAUGUUCUAGUUCCGGAAGAGGAUUGA